AUAAAACUUCCGUAAAAAGUAAAUAUGAAAUUGCUGAGUGGUUGAUAGAUAGGAUUGUACAACCUGUUUUCCAGUAAUUUGAUGACCUUUCAUCAACAUUUAAUCUGUCUCAAAUAUGGGAAACGCUAUAAAACCACAUAUAAAAAAUGCAGAAAAGACUGGGGUGCUUCAGCUUGCAAAUAUUGGGUUAACAGAGUUUCCAAGAGAGCUGUUUCAAGUAGUUGGAGUUCUAAGGACAUUAGAUUUGUCAAAUAAUAAAAUUGGAAACAUACCUCCAUCUAUUGGACAGUUUACAAAUCUAAAGAACCUGUCAGCUAGCCAAAUAAGAAUUACUUCUUUACCUGAAGAAAUUGGAACAUUAAAGAAGCUUGAAACUGUAAAUUUCAGCAUGAAUGAAUUGACAUCUCUCCCUUCAUCAUUUGCACAAUUGGUCAAUUUAAGAACAAUAAAUCUGAGUAAAAACAAGUUUACAGAAUUGCCUUCUGUUUUUUCAAACAUGAAACGACUUGAAUUACUUGACAUGUCUCAUAAUAAACUGGUAGAAGUUCCAGAUCAUGUUAAAGAAAUAUCAGCUAUUGAAAUUAAUUUAAAUCAGAAUCAAAUUGCAGUUUUAUCUGAAGCCAUAGCUGAGUGUACUAAAUUAAAAGUCCUACGUUUAGAAGAAAACUGCCUUCAGUUACAAGCUGUUCCUGAAAAAAUACUCACUGAUUCUCAAAUUUCUCUUCUUGCCAUAGAUGGUAAUCUUUUUGAAGCAAAGGAUCUUCAUGCUCGUGAAGGAUGGGAAAAAUAUAUGGAACGCUUCACUGCUACAAAAAAGAAGUUAUAUUAGAACAAAAUAUUUCAUACCUUGCAGCCUCAUUUUGGUGUGUACUGCAUAGCUUUUAUAAGCACUAUAAACAUACUGUAAUAUUUUUGAAUUUUAUGUAUAUAGUAUAUUUAAUAUAUUUCAGACGUAAAUUCCAGUCAGCUUUUAAACUUAUGUUGUAUUUUAUAUCUGAAAAUGUUCUUGAAUUUAUGUCAGAAUUUAAUCAUGCAUUUGCUGUUCUUAUAUAAAUAUUUAAAAUAAAAGACAUUUUUGAACAAACUCAGA